UGAACCAAUCAGACGCUCACAGCUCUUGCCUCGUGAGAUAUAUAAACUCCAAGUCGUCGGAGCUGGGAAACUCUAUUUGUAUAUUGUCUUCUGCGCGCAUAGUGUAAUAUUAGACUAUAAUGGCUCGUACUAAGCAGACUGCUCGUAAAUCGACUGGUGGUAAAGCGCCCCGAAAGCAAUUGGCGACAAAGGCUGCACGUAAAAGUGCACCUGCAACUGGAGGAGUGAAGAAACCUCAUCGUUAUCGUCCCGGAACUGUUGCUCUUCGUGAAAUUCGAAGAUACCAAAAGAGUACUGAGCUUUUGAUCCGUAAAUUGCCUUUCCAACGGCUUGUUCGUGAAAUUGCACAGGACUUUAAAACUGACCUUCGUUUCCAAAGUUCAGCAGUUAUGGCGCUUCAAGAAGCAAGCGAGGCCUACCUAGUUGGGCUCUUUGAAGACACGAAUCUUUGUGCUAUUCACGCUAAGAGGGUUACUAUCAUGCCAAAAGAUAUCCAGUUGGCACGUAGAAUUCGUGGAGAACGAGCUUAAAUGUUUUUCUGGUAGCAAAAAUAAGAACGGCCCUUUUCAGGGCCAACAA